UUUCUUUUCCAUGGUCUAUAAAGUCCAGAGAAAAAAGUGUAGGAUCAGUCAACAGACGAGCGAACCCAGAGAGUGAGGGCUGAGAGAGAUCGUGCCAAGCUCUGCCAGAAUGAAAAACGAAAACCUUGACAUCAGUAUGAAAACAUUUCAAGGUAUCCCAAGAGAAUGAUGCUUCUAUAGCUGCUCAACAACCAGAAGACAGAAAGGAUGUGGGUAACCAAUGUUGUAGUUCUUUGCCUCCUGGCCGUUGUGGCCUCCGGAGAAGACAAGAAGAAGCUGAGCAGCCAUGCCACCACCAUGGCUGACAAGAGCGCCAACCUGGCCUUCAGCCUCUACCACACGGUGGCCAAGGAGAAGGGCCUUGACAACAUCCUGAUAUCCCCUGUGGUGGUGGCCUCCUCCCUUGGCAUGGUGGCUCUCGGGGGCAAGGCAUCCACCGCUUCCCAGGUCAAGUCUGUCCUCAGCGCUGAUGCCCUGAAGGAUGAGCACCUGCACACAGGCCUGUCAGAGCUCCUGACUGAGGUCAGCGACCCCAAGACCCGGAACGUCACAUGGAAGAUCAGUAACCGCCUCUACGGCCCCAGCUCGGUCACCUUCGCCGACAACUUUGUGAAGAGCAGCAAGAAGCACUACAACUAUGACCACUCGAAGAUCAACCUCAGGGACAAGAGGAGCGCAGUGAACUCCAUCAACGAAUGGGCGGCCAAGUCGACAGACGGCAAGCUGCCUGAGAUCACCAAGGAUGUUCAGAAUGCUGACGGAGCAACGAUCGCCAACGCUAUGUUCUUCAAGCCUCACUGGGAUGAGAAGUUCCAUGAGAAGAUGGUAGACAACCGUGGCUUCCUGGUGACCCGUUCAUUCACAGUCUCUGUUCCCAUGAUGCAUCGCACCGGUCUCUAUAAGUUCCAUGAUGACACAGAGAACAGGUUGUUUGUGCUGGACAUGCCACUGGGCCAGAAGCAGUCCAGCCUGGUGUUCAUCAUGCCCUAUCACCUGGAACCCCUUGAGAGGCUGGAGAAGCUGCUGACCCGCAAGCAGCUGGAAACCUGGAUGGGCAAGAUGGAGGAGAGGGCCGUGGCCAUCUCUCUGCCCAAAGUCAGCAUGGAGGUUAGCCACAACCUCCAGAAAACUCUUGGUGAACUUGGUCUGACCGAUGCUGUGGACAAAACCAAGGCCGAUCUGUCCAACAUCUCCGGCAAGAAGGACCUGUACCUCUCCAACGUGUUCCACGCCUCUUCAAUGGAGUGGGACAUCGAGGGGAACCCCUUCGACACCAGCAUCUUCGGAAGUGAGAAGCUGAGGAACCCCAAGUUGUUCUAUGCUGACCAUCCCUUCAUCUUCCUGGUGAAGGACAACAAGACCAACUCCAUCCUCUUCAUCGGCAGAAUGGUGCGACCCAAAGGAGACAAGAUGCGUGACGAGUUGUAAUAGUUAAUGGACAGUUUGAGAGAUACGGUUACUGAUUGAAUCAUGCCAGGAAAUAGUAUGUGUAUUAUGGUUUGACUGUUACCCCAAGAACACAUUCCAAUAGGGCAUCUGUGGACUGAAUAUCUAGACCUACUAUUGUAUCAGACACAUUAAGCACUCCCAGGGAACAGGAGUCUAUUAUGGUAUGACUGUUACCCCAAGAACACAUUCCAAUAGGGCAUCUGUGGACUGAAUAUCUAGACCUACUAUUGUAUCAGACACAUUAAGCACUCCCAGGGAACAGGAGUCUAUUAUGGUAUGACUGUUACCCCAAGAACACAUUCCAAUAGGGCAUCUGUGGACUGAAUAUCUAGACCUACUAUUGUAUCAGACACAUUAAGCACUCCCAGGGAACAGGAGUGUAUACGUUCAAAUAAAUGCUGUUUGGCCUUUACAAUGCGCCAUAAUCAAUAACAUUGUCAGUCUGCAUUUCAAUACAUUUCAGGAAAAAUCCGAACACCACAAGUGCCUUUUUAGAGUACCUGAACAUUGAAUAGCAGACGACCCGACAGCAUGCUUAUAUUAAGUAUGAUCUCUCUGAUUUUUGCCUUCCAUAAAAUCAGACAUUUUCCACCAUUCUUUUCACCAGUAUAGGUUUGGCUCCUCUCUCUUAUUGGGUUUGUGAUAUGCGUGAUUAGUUGCAUUAUCUUUAAUGUUUAAAGAGAAAAAGUUUGUUGCACAAGUGUACUACAAGCUAAUUUCAUGUCAUACUAUUUUCCACUUUCCACCCUGCAAAUUACAUUUCUCAUGCUUUCAGUUGUUUUUGCCUCCCAGCUGCACUGAAACUGUUCCCCUGCAAUCUUUGAUUUGAUUGAAUUAUCUAUGCCAUUUGCCAACCAAACUGUAUGACUGUUGUAGGCAUUUACCACUAAACCUUGGAAUGUUGCCAUAAUGCAAUGUGGUGUCCCUUUUGACUCUUUUUUUUUCAAUAAAAAGAAACCUAAAAUAAA